AUGAUGGCAGAUCAGUCAUUUGCAGCCGAGAUAAUUAACCAAGAUGAAAGCGUAAUCCAGCUUGACAUUUCAUCAAACGGAUUAUUGAAUGAUGAAGCAGCUGCUCAAAGCAUGGGGAAUGGACUGAAAAUUAAAGCUUAUGGGAGAUGAGGACUUUAUGCAACCAAAACAGAGAUUGUUUUAUACGAUCUAAGGCAAAAAAUUUACUGGUUGAGCUUGCUAGAGCUAGGACUGAUGACGAUUUCAUUCUUUCUUAUGAUCGUUUUUGGAAGGUUUAUGAUAUUUUUGCAACUGCUUCAUUUUAUUAGACCUUUUUUCGCAUUCAAACUGAUAGAACAGCUGCCAAAAUCUCACGUAAUUUAUGAAGAAAUGCCAGAGAAUCUUGAUGACGUCUCCACUUUUCAGCCACUCCUUUUUGCACAUUUCAAGCGCGGCAGCAAAGCAAUAUCAGUAUACCUCAUUGUAACAGUUUUUACUUCACUAACAGACUUGAUUUCUCUGACAAUCCAACUAUCAUCAAUCGAUACUGAUUAUACUCCACAUCUACUUUAUGCUAUUUUUGUAUGGAUAUUUUUAGGCCUCGAUUUCUUUCUUGUUUUCUGGUACUGUACAAUGAAAUUCACUUUUCCUCAAGAAAUCUGGUACAAUUUAAUAAAGCUAGCAAGAGGCAGUUUAGACGAUGCUAAAUGGUUCUUCAAAAGCUACUUCCAAUCUCUCCAAAGAUCCGACAAUAGCGAGUUCUAA